AGUACACAGAGGGGUUUUCCUGUGUUUUUCGGGUGGGUGAGUGGCAAUUGUUGCUGUGUUCAGGCGAGUGUCUCUCUCUCUCUGUGUGCCAAAGCGAUCAAUAAUGAGUUGCGCCAUUGGUCCCGUCCGAUAGUUCAGCUGAGGGGAUUUCGGCCUGCACAGCUCUCUGCGGGUGUGGGCACAGACGCACUCGUACCAGCCCGUCAGACAGACACUGAAGAUGGGCAACUGAUCUCAAGCGAGUCCCAGGCCUCCCGGUCUCUCUGUCCCUCUGUCUGUCACUGAGGAGGAGACGUUGGUCACGUGAGACCCCUGCCACAGUGCACAUCCUCACACCCUCUCCAUAGCUUUGGACAAGGAUUGAACUCCCAGAACCCAUCCAAUUUUUCUGUUUUAUUUGCAUAUUUUUUCUUCAUUUCAGUGCCAUUUUUAAAGUUCACUUUUUAAAAGAAAAGCAGACACACAAACGCACAAACACAUAGAAACCACAGAUUGCCUGGAUUUCUUUUGCUCUUAAUCGUUACCAUGGCGGUGAACGUCACCCCCAUUCGGGACACCAAGUGGCUGACUCUGGAAGUUUGCCGGGAAUUCCAGAGGGGCACCUGCUCCAGGCCAGACAGUGAAUGUAAAUUUGCACACCCCGCCAAGAGCUGUCAGGUGGAGAACGGGAGGGUCAUCGCCUGCUUCGACUCCCUAAAAGGCCGCUGUUCCAGGGAGAAUUGUAAGUACCUGCACCCCCCUCCUCACUUGAAGACUCAGUUGGAGAUAAAUGGAAGGAAUAACCUGAUCCAGCAGAAGAACAUGGCUAUGCUGGCACAGCAGAUGCAGCUGGCUAAUGCCAUGUUGCCAGGGACACAACUACAACCAGUGCCCAUGUUUUCUGUCACCCCGAGCCUCGCCACCAACGCGACCGCCGCCGCCGCGUUCAACCCGUACCUGGGCCCCGUGUCACCAGGCCUGAUGCAGGCGGAGAUCCUGCCCAGCGCCCCCGUGCUGGUGACCGGCAGCCCCAACGUCCCCGUCCCGGCAGCUGCCGCUGCCGCUGCACAGAAGCUCAUGAGGACAGACCGACUAGAGGUAUGUCGGGAGUACCAGCGAGGAAAUUGCACCCGGGGCGAGAACGAUUGUCGAUUCGCUCACCCCGCCGACAGCACUAUGAUUGACACCAACGACAACACAGUGACAGUGUGCAUGGACUACAUCAAGGGCCGCUGCUCCCGGGAGAAGUGCAAGUACUUCCAUCCCCCCGCCCAUCUGCAGGCCAAGAUCAAGGCCGCCCAGCACCAAGUCAACCAGGCUGCUGCUGCGGCCGCCAUGACUCAGUCGGCUGUCAAAUCACUGAAGCGACCCCUCGAGGCAACCUUUGACCUGGGAAUCCCAGCCGGAGUCCUGCCUCCGUUACCAAAGAGACCCGCGCUUGAAAAAACCAAUGGUGCCACAGCCAUGUUUAAUGCUGGCAUGUUCCAGUACCAACAAGCCCUUGCCAACAUGCAGUUUCAGCAACAAGCAGCCUUUAUUCCGUCAGGCUCAAUAUUGUGCAUGACACCUGCAACAAGUGUUGUUCCCAUGAUGCACGGUGCUACGCCAGCCACUGUGUCUGCCGCAACCACAUCUGCCACAAGUGUUCCCUUCGCAACCGCCACAGCCAAUCAGAUUCCAAUAAUAUCUGCAGAUCAUCUGACUAGUCACAAGUAUGUGACACAGAUGUAGGAGUUCCAUCCAGAACAAUCAUAAGAGAGUGUGCAGGUAUACCGUUCAGGAGGAAAGAUCACCCGCUAUGUAUAUAACAUCGAGAUAGUAAAAGACAGACAGAGAAUCGCACUGCCUCUCAGCUGGAGCGUCACACACAUCAUGCAUGCGAACGUCAGAGGACAGCAGGGCCGAGGACGUGGAAAGCGCACGUACCGCGCUCACACUCGUCUGCAUCCUCUCCGUCUCCAACCAGCCCUCCAGCUGAGACCGGCCGCGGUGUUCCCAUUACCCUCUGCCUUUUCUGCUGCACUGGGCCGUAUGUGUACAGGUGUUCGUCUGGCCGAACAGUUGUGCUCAAUACUCACCCCUGUACGCGCUGAACGAGAAAGGGCAGACAGAGGUGAUGUCGUGCCGAACAUAUUGGUAAAUCAGUAGACCAAGAAUUACUUCUCCUUCUGUUUGUCUGUUUGUUUUGAAUUGAUACACGUAUUUCUUUCAUGGUUUACAAAAAAAAUGAAAGU